AUAGAUUUUUGAUAUGACUUAAUUGUUAAUAAUAAUUUAAAAUUCGUAGGUAAAGAUUUACGCAUGCGUUUUUACAUGCUUAUCUGCAUUACAUAGUGACUGUGUUAAAGGGAGCAACUAAACUAUACAAAUAAAAUGUAAAUUAUAUAAAGAAAAAAAAAAAAAAUUGCAAAAAUAUAAAGCUCUGUCAGAAUGUAUUCCACAAAAACACCCACUUUAAGAAUCGACGAGGCUGAUCUCAAAUGCAAAAAUGGUUGUGGAUUUUACGGAAACGCAGAAUGGGAAGGUUAUUGCAGCAAAUGUUAUCGGGAAUAUUUACAAAAACGGAGAUCGCAGACAGAAUGUAAUGUUUAUGGACAGGGAUACGAUUUGGCUUCUUCCAAUAAAAAUACAAUUAGUGCACAUCAAAAAUAUGAGGAGAAGAAAGUACAACAAGAAAAAAAGUAUAAGUUAUUAAAUAUAUCUUUUCGCAAGCCAGUUACAAAAGUACAGGGGUACCAAGAAUUGCUUUAUGAAUUAACAAAAGAUAAUCCUGACCUUGAAAAAGUAAAAGCAGACAAUCGUGAUUUAAUAGCCAUGAUUGCUAAAACACCAGUAGAAAGAGAUGUUAGAAAGUGUAUGCAUUCAUUUAUUAUUGAGAUACUUCAAAAUAAAGAUGUGAAAAGAAUAGAAGAGCUUUCAGAGAUUACACAAAAUUUUUAUCAAGUAUUUGCGAAACGUUUAGAAAAUAGUGCUAAAUAUACAGAUAUAACACCAGAAGUUAAAGAAAAAUUAUUGGAUUAUGUAGAAAGAUAUGCGAUGACUCUACUCUACAGGAUUCUUUUUUGCCCACCAUUUACAAAUGAUGAAGAAAAAGAUUUAGCAAUACAAAAAAGAAUCCGACAAUUGAAUUGGGUUAGUGGAAAAAAUUUGGAAUGUCGAAUACAUGAAACUAGCUCUGAAGUUAGAGAACUAGUUUAUACUUCCAUAACUGAUUUAUUAAAUAUGGAUUCUGCUAAAGCUCCACAAGAAAAACUUUCGUGUGUUAUUUAUUGUUGUCGAAAUAUAUUUCUAAUGUUACAACAAUCUGUUGGUGGACCUGCAUCUGCAGAUGAAUUUCUUCCUGCCUUAAUUUUCAUUGUUCUAAAAGCUAAUCCUGCUCGUCUUAAAAGUAACAUCAAUUUUAUUACUAGGUUUUGUAAUGCAAGUAGAUUAAUGACGGGGGAAGGUGGAUAUUAUUUCACAAAUUUGUGCUGUGCCGUAUCUUUUAUUGAAAAUUUGACAGCUGAAUCAUUAAAUAUGGAUGAAAAAGAUUUUAAUGCUUAUAUGUCUGGAGAACGUGUACCUGCUAAUACAUGGGAAUCUGCUUUAAUGAUAUGUGAAAGUUUGCACCUAAUGUGUGAAGAUAUAACACUUCUUGAUGAAAUGAAAGCCAAAACUACAGAAAUAAUGACAGAGGCAUUAAAUUUAAAAGAGAAGAUGUUACAAUUUCAAGAAGAAAUGAAAUCAGAAGUAAAUACGGUUUUAGACAGAACUCCAUUGUUAAUUACUCAUAGCCAAAGAUUACCUACUAAUUUAGAUUGUGAAGAUAUUGAAAGUUAUCAAUUACCACCUCCCAUUAUUCCACAAGUUUGUCCUACCACAAUUAAUAACUCAACACCACAAAACGAUAUGAGAACCUCUUUAAUAGAAGAUUGCAUUACACCAUCUCCUACUUUUGAUUUUCCAUCUUUCAUUGGUGAUGAUAGUUUUGAUGUAAGCAAAGCAGAGGAUGAAACGAGUCUUAUAAGUUUAGAUACACAAAGUGAUUUUGAUACACAACAGGACAAAUCAACAAAUGAAUUACUAGUGUCUACUCAUUUGAAUUUGCCAUGUUCUACGGAAUCAGAGCAAGAAGAUUAUCAUGGAUUCACUGUGCAAGGUUCAAAUAUACCUACAAUUCCUUGUAGUACUGGAGAUUUAUCUUUAAAUACCACAGAAAUGGAUUGUGAAAAUUAUACAAGUUAUUUCCAUAAUACAUAGAAAAAUUUUAUUUUAAUCGAAAUUCUUAAAAAAAUGUUGCUUAAUUAACAGAAUAGAUUAUGCAAUAUUAUAUUAUUGAAAUUUUAUAUGCAACAUCUACUAGAUGAUUUUUGUUAUCAGAGUUACUUCAUCAUCUUGAAUGUUAAUGUAAAAAAUGUAAGUUCUUGUAAAAAUGCAUGAUUUUGAACAAAAAUAGAAUAUUUCGUUAAAACUAAAUGAAUAAUGAAUAGAAUAUAUUGGUAUAUACCAGAACUAUACCUGCACCUGUGAAUGUGUUAUAGGUUUGACAAAAUGUUUGGUAAGAUAGGUGCUCACUACAUUGAUACUUGUAUUCUUGAAAAUAUGAGUUACUUCUUAUAUGUAUGAGUUGAUUAUUUAUCUCUAUAAUAUGAAAAUAUAAAUUGCUAUAGAUAAUUGUUUAUACAAUUAAAUCAAUGUAUAAAAUUAUUACAUUUUGCUUACUUUAUUAGAAACUAAAUUUGUUUUAAAUAAAAUUCUUUUUAUGAAAAUAUAAAAAUAAUGCAUGAUAGAUUUUUUAAUUUAAUAAUAAUUUAAUAAAAAUUUGUAAUUUUUAAAAAGUAUUUUAAAACUGAAAGUGAUGAAGUACUCCUGUUUUAAAAUUUAUGUUUAGCACAACCUUACAAAAAUCACUUAGUAGAUAUUGCAUACUAGAGCAAAAGCUUUAAUUUAUUGGAUAGUAUUAUUAGACAACAUAUAUUAAUAUAUAUUACAUAUACAAUGUAAAUUAUUUAAAUUAUUUUAAUCCUACAAAAAUCUGUCCUAAUAAAAUAGAAGAAGAAUUUUUAUUGAAAA